UGGUUCCGCGCCGAAAGCGCUGAAGUCGUUCUAGUCACGUUGUUUUUCUUAGAGGGAACUGAAUGAACACGUUGAGAAUGACCUGAUGGCCAGGGAAAAUGCGUAACUACAAAGCUGAACACAGAAUUUCUGGAUGCAUUAUAAAACAUUUUCAAAAAUUAUUCAGCAUCUGAACGGAUAACUAAUUGCAUUUUUACGUGGAUAAUCAUUUAUUAGAAGAAUUAUUAUUCAUGGUGAAAUAUGCUAAAUUAUUGCUAAAUUCUAGGCACUUUAAAAAAAAGUAUUUUUGGCCUGUGUGUGUGUAACUGAGCUUCCACAUUUGCCACUUAAAACAAUUACGAUGAAUCUUAAUCGAAAAUCGGAUGUUGUUAUUUGAGAUACACUCAACUCCACAUUUCAGUGCUUAUUUUUAACCUAUUAAAAUGCUCAUCGAUAAUCUCUGAUUUGUGCUUCCGAGGAAACUGAAAAACAGGCAGCUCUUGAGCACAAGAAUCGUUUGGUGAAGUCAGUAAUGCUUAGGUGAAAAGUAAAUAAUAGCAAAAAUAAUAAAAAAUGAGUUCCUUGUCUGGAAUAAAAUGCUGGGGUGAACCUUUGCCACCACAGGAGUUCUUGAGGAAGUAUGGGCUACCGCAAAUUGUUAGGGUCUUGGAAGGCAACCGAGUCCAAGGCCCAGCCCGUGUGGACCUAGAUAGGCCUUUGCUACUCUACAAGGCCUACAUAUGUCAGCAAGUCCAUGCUCGUAGUAUUGACAGAGAUAAAAAUGGAGGAAUUACAUAUGUUGGUCCGCCUUUGAUUUUGCCUGAUACAUAUCCUGGAUGGUUAGCAGUAAUCACAGAUGAUGGCCACACGGCGGGCUACUUCAGCAGCGUGUCCGAGGUGGCCUUGGCUCAGGUACCGUAUUUCCUUACAAGAGAUCCUUCUCAAGGAUACAGGGAAGCCACUGAUCCAAAGGGAAACAUGAAAUAUUCCAAAAUAAAGAUCAAGGCGGGGGAAGUGUUCCAGUUCCUAGGUGCAUAUGAAGACACCACAUAUACUUCCAAGCACUCCAAGCCUUUACGCUAUGCUAAAGUGGUGGACAGGCAAGGUGACCUUCUCUACUUACCUUUCCCUACACCAGGCAAGUUCUUCUCUGUUGCCGGACGUCGGACACGAAGUGUGAGCCACGUCUACCGGUUGUCCCAGCUACUGUCGGUGGCCAGUCUCCCCCUGACGGUUCGAGUCGUGAGUGGGGAGAGGCCCCGAAGCGCCCGUUGCCCCUUCACCGGACUCCUGAGGCUGGAGUGGUCGGAAGAAAGGCAUGUUAUUCUCGCCUGCGCUUUGAGAGGUGGCCUCGGAGGCGGAGAACCAACGCUAUUGGAAGUGGACACUGGUAGCGAAUUCAGUUUCCUGAGGCCGCUUGAUGAUCAAAAAGCAAGGCUGUCCAAAGCAUUCCAUAGGAUGCUUCGACACUGUACUGAGCGGGGAGAAAAUUGGAGGCAACAAAUUAAAGUAGCGCAUCACGUGGUGCCAACCAUGAAGACGACUUCGUCUCAAAAUGGUGCAGGGUCCAGUGGUGAUACUUACGAAGAUGAGGACUCGGCUGUCAGGUCUUCAACCGUGAAAUCAAUGUCUUCUACCAAAUCUUCUGCUUCUUCUCGGUUGUUCAAAAGACUGAGGCUUCUGCAUCAAAGCUGGAAAGGCAGUGCACAUCGAAGUUCUAACAACAAUGCUAGCAGUAGCGAUGACAGUGGAAUCCGGAAGGACACCAUGUCACGACACCAUUCCUCUACCUCGGACUUCCAUUUGUACGAAAGAGUGAGGGAUGCUAGAGGUGCUCAAAGAAGAGCCAGCUGGGGAAGGUCCUCGAUCAGUACCGAGAUCCUGGACGAUGAUGGGUACGUUACCUCGGAUUUUGGUGGAGAAGAUUCUUCAACUUACGAUUCUGUGUGCUGACCGUAAAUGACGAACUUAUGCCUUAGUAGACGCUGCAGAGAACAUAUCCAAGGCUUUAUAUAAUGUAUUGCUCAAAUGAGGAUGAACAUUUUGAUACGAUAGAGGUGAGGGUACGCAAAGAAUAAACAAACAGAACUCUUUAUAAGGAAACACCACAGCUAAGUGUUCUGCAUUUACCUCUACAGUUAACUGUUCCACACCUAAGCAACUCAUUGAUAUCAACGGAUAGCUCUAAAAUUGUGAAAAAUAUAUUAGAUUAAUUAUUGAGAAGGCUAUGAUUGCUCAUGGCGUAAUUUCUGCUUUAUUUAAUUUUCCAUUGUUCAAAUUUCUGUUCUCCUUAUGCCCUAAGUAUUUACCUGUGAUUAUUGACCAAAAAUUAGAGCAUCGUAUACCAGUUUUACUGUGUAUGAAAUGAACUGUGAUUCAUAGAAUUCAUAUCGUCAUCCAUAAACAUUUUUCAUAUUUUUCAAACAAUCACGAAUUGAUGACAGCUUCCAUUUGCCCAUCUGCCCAACACUUUCAUAUCUGUAAUAAUUUUCAUCUCCAUUUCCAGCCUUCGUUUUACGAAAUAAAUUUAUGGCUAAAAGCCUUAUACGAUUUGAAAUGGGCAACAAAAUUUUCUUAAAUAAAUAUCCGUAGAACUUAGCUUCUGUUGUAGGAUAAUAAAAUACGAAUCAAUUUGUGAAGUGAAUAAUAAAAGUAAAAUAAUGUUUCCAGUGCAUACAAAAUUGGGUAAUGCUUCAAAGAUUUUGUUCAUUUCAAAAGUAAUGUGUAAAGGCAAUACUUCUAUGAUAAGCUUUUGAUUACAGCGAAAUUUGCAUAUUUAUAUUCAGUGGUCGGAAAUCGUGUUCAUUAUAUUAAAAUCUUUCAUACAUAUUCAUUUCAUCAAAAAGCAGAAUUCAAAUCUUUAUUUAUUUUUUUUUUUGCCUUUAGCUGUAUAUGAUAGUUAACCGUGUGUAAGUUAGUUUUUCUGUUUUCAACUUUUUGUAUUUUAAUUUUAUAACUUCAGAAAUCUAGGUUCUAAAACCUUUUACCAAGCCACCAUUUUCUUUCUACAAACUGUGAUUAUCAUCUAAUAUUGUUUCUUUUGAAAUGCUUUGUGUAGUUAAGAGUUUUAAAAGGAAAAAAAAAUUUUUCACUUAACAAUUGAUCAUUUCAUACUUCAUCUUCAUUUCUAAUUUUUCAGCAUGUGGUUAUGAGUAUACUUAAGUGCAUAUAAGAAUUGCAAGCUGUGUUAUAUUUUCCUUUAAGAGACUGUUUAUUUUUUGCAAAAAGUUGGAACUUUUCAUAGAAGAAAUUCUAGAAAUUCAUUAAAAAAACUUGAAGGUUCUCUAAGACUAUAUAUGAAAUUGAGAAGAACGAGGGAAAAAGAUAUGUCGGUUUUGGGGCCUUCAUAAAUUAUUGUGAUAUUCAUUGCUUGAACAUGUAAAAAUGUUGCAAAUGUGGGGUUAUUUUAUAAUAUGUUUUACUAGGAAAAAAUUGUAAUUUUUUUCCAACCGAAUUUUAUCAGCAAUUUUAAUAUUUUAAUAUAUUUCAAUAUGCUGUUACCUUAUAUUCUUCAUAGGUUGUUUCAACAUGAACAAGAAUUGUCACAGAACACUUGAAAAUAUCUGUAAAAAAACUGCAAUAAAAUGGUAGCAAAGUGCC